GCGUCUCAGCGAGCAGGCCGGCAGAGAGAAGCUAGGAGGGAGGCGAGCCGCGAGCGCGGGCGGCCACCAUGUCUGCGAACGCGAGGGGGAGCGUGUGGGAGAUCCAGGCGCGCGACGUUGAGGCCGCAGGGCUCGCCGCCGCCGACGCGGGCGCGUUCCUCGCCGCGCUUCGCUCCGCCGCCGGGGGAUCGGGAGGUGCAGACGAGGCCGCCGUGUGGGCGGCGGUGGCGGCGGCGGGGGUGCUGCGGCCGGAGCACCCGCACGCGCUCCACCAGCUCGUCUACUACGCCGUCUACGCCGGCUGGGACCGCGCCGCCCGGGGCCCGCCGCCGUACUGGUUCCCGUCCUUGAUUGAUUGUAAGCAAACAAACCUUGGGAGAGUGAUGGAAGCAAACGGGCCUAAGCUGUUAGGGUCAUCAUACAAGGACCCGAUAUCAAGUUUUAACGUCUUCCACAGGUUUUCCGUAGAGAAUCAAGAGGUCUACUGGUCAAUGGUGCUAAAGCAGCUCUCAGUCAAGUUCCAACAAGAACCAAAGUCAAUUCUAGAUACAUCAGAUAGAUCAAAGAAAGGAGGAACAUGGCUUCAAGGUGCAGUGCUUAACAUUGCCGAAUGUUGUCUGCUACCUUGGCCUUCCCAAAACAGGACCGAUGACAGUACAGCUAUUGUUUGGAGGGAUGAAGGCCUUGAUGAUUAUCCAGUGAACCGCAUGUCAUUGAUGGAGCUUCGCAGUCAAGUGAUGACUGUUGCAAAUGCCCUAGAUACCAUGUUCCAGAAAGGGGAUCCGAUUGCAAUUGACAUGCCUAUGACAUGCAAUGCGGUCAUUAUAUAUUUGGCAAUCGUCCUUGGUGGUUUUGUUGUUGUGUCAAUAGCAGAUAGUUUUGCACCUCAGGAGAUUGGUACUCGCAUGGAUGUCUCAAAAGCAAAGGCAAUUUUUACUCAGGAUUUCAUAAUUAGAGGAGGGAAGAAAGUUCCACUUUACAGCCGCAUUGUGCAAGGGACUUCAUCUAAAGCUAUUGUAGUUCCUGCAACCGGAGGCUAUCUUGGAGUUACACUAAGGAAUGGUGAUGUGAUGUGGAAAGAUUUUCUUUCUCGUGCUGCAGGAAGGUCAUCUGUUUACUAUCCAUUCUAUCAGUCUGCAGGCGCCCUAACUAAUAUACUUUUUUCUUCAGGAACAACUGGGGAACCAAAAGCUAUACCAUGGACACAACUUUCUCCCAUAAGAUGUGCAGCUGAUACAUGGGCUCAUUUGGAUGUUCUCCCACAGGACAUAGGUUGCUGGCCUACUAAUCUGGGUUGGGUUAUGGGACCUAUAAUCCUGUACUCAUGCUUUCUAAAUGGUGCGACCUUGGCUUUGUAUCAUGGAUCUCCACUUGGACGUGGUUUCUGCAAAUUUGUACAGGAUGCUGGUGUGACAGUAUUAGGAUCUGUGCCAAGCUUGGUGAAGUCAUGGAAAGCUGGUAACUGCACUAAAGGGCUUGACUGGACCAAAAUCAGGGUACUAGGCACAACAGGGGAGGCUUCUGAUAUUGAUGAUAAUCUGUGGCUAUCUUCACGUGCCUCAUACAAGCCCAUUGUAGAAUGCUGUGGGGGCACGGAGCUGGCAUCCUCAUACAUUCAGGGGAGUCUUUUGCGACCACAAGCUUUUGGAGCUUUUAGUGGUGCAUCCAUGUCCACUGGGUUUGUCAUACUUGAUGAACAUGGAACUCCGUGUCCUGAUGAUCUACCUUGUGCUGGAGAAGUGGGUCUCUUCCCAUUAUAUUUUGGUGCUACUGAUCAGCUUCUCAAUGCUGACCACAAUAAGGUUUACUUUGAUGGAAUGCCCAUUUACAACGGAAGGCAACUCCGCCGGCAUGGAGAUAUAAUCCAGAGGACAGUAGGUGGUUACUACAUUGUACUUGGCAGAGCGGAUGACACCAUGAAUCUUGGAGGAAUUAAGACCAGCUCGGUGGAGAUAGAACGGGUGUGCAACAGAGCCGAUGAGACUCUGCUAGAAACAGCCGCAGUUAGCAUCAAACCCGCCGGUGGGGGACCAGAACAUCUGGCUAUCUUAGCAGUGCUGAAAGAUAGAUCGAUCCCAUACGACGUAAAUCCCCUUAAAACCAAGUUCCAGAGGGCCAUUCAGAAGAACCUCAAUCCUCUUUUCAAGGUCAGCUAUGUCAAAGUUGUUCCUGAGUUUCCAAGAACUGCAUCGAACAAGCUACUGAGGAGGGUCCUGAGGGAUCAGUUGAAGCAGGAACUCUCAAAUCGCAGCAAGCUAUGACCUUCGAAGGGUAUAUUUCAUAAUUCAUUUACACAACCAGCGGCUUGAAUAAAGAGGCAUUGUUCUCUGGGGAUCGGAGGUGUGCAGAGAAAUUCAGAAUACUGAUUGGUGUAUUGUAUAGCGUCCAGAGUGCAUACCGCGCAGCAAGGAGAUGACAUAACAAUGGGAUUUAUUUCGCGCCAUCAUGCCUUGCUUUAUUCACUGCAAAUCCUAAGCCGGCUUGCGCCGGUCGUCUUGGAGAGGAGCAUUGGGACAGAAUCUAGACCAGAGAUGACCGAGAAUGGUGUCCGGCGUCUCAUCGUCUGCAAGAGUCCCAAGUGUAAUACUGGGUAUUGUAUUUGUCGCCUCAAACGAUUGUGUUGGUAAAUAGAAUGGGCAUGAUGUGUUAUGCUGCUUCCUACCAUCCAAUUGAUUUCGGGCUUUGAACUUCUUGUGUUUCGAUUGAAAUAAAUUGCUCUACUCCAGUUCAAAAAGGAAAAAACUUGAAUA